GUGAGAGUCUAUGACCUCCUGCAGUACGAGCAUGGGCCGGAUGAUGUUCUGAUCCUAGCUACUGAUGGACUCUGGGAUGUGCUGUUAAAUGAAGAAGUGGCAGAAGCUGUCACUAACUUUCUACCAAACUGUGACCCCGAUGAUCCCCACAGGUACACGCUGGCGGCGCAGGACUUGGUGAUGCGAGCCAGGGGAGUGCUGAAGGACCGGGGCUGGCGAAUAUCCAACGACAGGCUUGGCUCUGGAGACGACAUCUCUGUCUACGUCAUCCCUUUAAUACACGGGAACAAACAGUCAUGA